GCUUAGGUCAAAAUCUUCACCCUCUCAGAUAAUUCCACUACUUUCCCUUCCCUCUCUUCACUCUUUUCCCCCAAUCCACAAUGUCCAUAUUUGUGGUACCCCAAAACCACAACUCCAACAACACCACCACCGCCAUGAUCAGCGUCGUGGACCACUACCUCCCCUACGACACCCAUAACCUCUACGACGUAACCUUCAAUUCCGAAACCAUCCACACUCUCCUCACCUCCGACCCCUCCAUGGUCGAUUCCUGGAUCUCCGACAUACUCCGCCUCUACCGCCAACACAUCAUCGUGGGCCUCGACGUCGAAUGGAGGCCCAAUACACAGCGCAACAUGGAUAACCCAGUAGCCACACUCCAACUCUGUGUGGGUCGCCGCUGCUUGAUCUUCCAGAUCAUCCACGCGCCCUCCAUCCCAAACUCGCUGAUGUCGUUUCUUCGCAACACCAAUCACACCUUCAUGGGUGUUGGGAUCCACGAAGACGUGGAGAAGCUUCUGGUAGACUACAACCUUGGAGUGACCAACAUGGUUGACCUUCGGACCCUCGCUGCUGACGUGUAUGGUGACCCUGAGAUGAGAAGGACUGGGCUCAAAACGUUGGCUCGGCGCGUUCUUGAGACAGAGGUUGAAAAGCCUGAGAGGAUAAGGAGGGGAAGAUGGGACAACAUGUGGCUAACUGCAGAGCAGGUUCAGUAUGCUUGUGUUGAUGCCUUUCUCUCCUUUGAGAUUGGACGCAUUUUGCGUCCUAAUGGGGUUACCUUCUCUUAUUAUACUCACUGAUCUAAGUUUGGUUUCGUAGUUUGUCUCAAUUUCAUGUGUGGUUUCGUAGUUUGCUUAAUUUCAUGUUUUAGAAUUUGGGGACCUGAGGGUCUUUAUGUUUAAUGUAAAUCUGAUGAUGAUGAUAAUUGUUCUGCUGCGAGUGAGUUGGGGUCAUUACUCUUUAAUGUGUGGAUUUGUGUAAAUGAUAGCCCCGGAAUAGAAAUGGAUAAUGAAUGCUGUUUACGUUUUUUUUUAUAAAAGGAACAAAAUGAUUCCAACUCUUUAAUUUCAAUGGUAAUUUUGGGGGAAGAGUAUGUAUAAUCUGGACCACACUUUCUAAUUAAUGAAAUUAUGUCAAUUCACUUUGACUUACAUGCUGAGUAGGUUAUUGUUGUUGCGGCCUAAUGACCCUUAUAAUGCAAAGAUCAAGACA